AUGCCCUACACGAUCGGCACACGGAAGAUAAACCUAACGAGGACGUUGACGGACUCCGAGAAACAGCUCGUCUUGGCGCACCCGCGAGUUUUCCGAUAUUGUCUCAAUGAUGCCGUGUUCAAGUUCCUCAUCAAUUUGAAGAAGAUUGUGCAUUUAUACUCGGACAUUUUGACGAUAUACUCGACGUUGUUGAAGAAAGUGCAGCAUUUCGACGAUGUCACUACCAUGACUGGUAAGUGCAAAAGCAAGGUGUUGCGUUUGGAGAAUGAUUUUAAUGAUAUUUUCGGCAGGGAUACUCUCGAUGAGAUGAUUUUGGAUAGUAGCAAGCGCAACCACCACGAUGAUGAUGUUGAUGUUGAUGAUGGUGAUAGGAGGAGGAGGAGGAGGAGGAGGAGGAGCACGGCGAACAUGGAGCUCAUUGUCAAGUUCAAGAGCUGGCGAGAACAAGAUUACGAAACUGGGAUCAAACCUUCUGCUGAAUUGCUUUUAAAGUCUUCGAUUUCAAUAUUUGAACAGGUCAACAAGACGCUACUUUGUGUGGAGUUGUUCUUUACUUCAUUCACCAACUUGAAAAAAUUGCUCAUACCGUUUUUGAGGGAGCAAACCACGACGCUUUUGAAUUCAUUUCGAUUGAUCAACCACUUGUUGCAAACCCCCAUUUUCUCGGGGAAUGACUUUCAGAGUGAUCAAGGGUUCACCCCGGAGCUAUACCGACAACUAAAAGAGACUGAAAGGGUCACGAGCGGGGUGGAAAGAGAAUCGACAUGUCUUAGCACGGCGUUUGUCACGUUUGAUUCUUCCUUGACACAAUACACCAGCAUAUUGUUGGGUAAGGCUAUACUCAAGCGAAAUAUCGAGCACCGCAGCUGCGAGUUGAUCAAAAGAAGAGACGUUUGCUGCCAGGCGUCGGAAAGGGUCGUGAGCAUACCCUUGACAGAGGACAAGUCGAGCUUGAACUCGGCAAUGUCCAACUUGGGCAAGAAGUUGUUUUAUGUGGUGAUGGCGUUGAUGGUUCUUGUGGUCUUUGUCAUCUACCGGAUACUAACGCUUUUGUUUGGGAGUGGGAGGUGA